AUGUACGAGUACCACGACCAGUACAAGCGCGCUCGGGAACGCGGCGACGUCGAGGCGCAGGCCCGAUGGACGCGCCAGCUCACAUGGGAGAUUGCGCGGCACGCCGUAGGAGAGGAGAUUGUGGUUUACCCUCUGAUGGAGCAGCACCUCGGCGAGAAGGGCAAGCAGCUCGCGGACCACGACCGCGAAGAGCACACGCAAGUGAAGCAGGACCUCUACAAGCUAGAGUCUCUGCAGCCUGGAGCCGAGGAAUAUCAUAAGCUCAUCGAGACCAUGAUGGCUCGGCUGCACCACCACAACGACGACGAGGAGAUCAAGGACCUCCCCGCGCUCGAGGCCGUCAUCAGCAAGGAGUCGAGCAAGGAGGCUGCGCAGAGCUUCAAAAAGACCAAGAAGCUCGUACCUACAAGAGGGCAUCCCUCAAUCCCGAACAAACCUCCAGCAGAGACUCUUGUCGGGCUGCUCGAGGCUCCCAUUGACAAAGUCAAGGACUGGUUUUCGUCGUUUCCUAGAGAGGGCGAGAUGGAAGCGGCAAAGGAGGAGUUGAAGCAUCGCGAUCACGACGCUGCUGCCGGAAGAGCUGCUGCUGGACAGCAGUAA